ACUUAAAAGUCAAAAAUCCUCCAUUUUUGAAGCUUGAGCUUCAUGUUUCACAUUGAUAAAAUCAUAUUCUUAUUGGUUAAAAUUAAUUGCUUUAUUUAUAUAAAAUAAAUUUAUUUUUUCUUAUAUUCUUCCAAAAAUAAAAAAAAAACAAUGUUUCAAGCCAUACUUCCCCUAACAAAAUACCUAAAAUCAAAAUCAGUCAACAUCUAUGACUUUGCAUUCACCUUGCAUUGCAAGGUCACCGUAGUGAUCCUGUUAACUUUUACAAUUUUGGUUUCUGCACGCCAAUUCUUUGGCCAACCAAUCGAAUGCUUAGCUGACGAAAAGCAUCUUGAAUAUGUUAAUCUAUUUUGCUGGACAUUGGGCACAUUUAUUCUUACUGAUUCAAAAGGUCAAACAAACAAUCAUAAUUCGAUUGCAGUUGGAGUUGGUACUGAAUUUAAAGAUAGCCAAAGGCUAUAUGUGCGUUAUUAUCAAUGGGUUAUGUUAAUUCUAUUGAUACAAGCAUUGUUUUUUUAUAUUCCGGCAUUUAUUUGGAAGAAAUGGGAAGGCGGAUUUAUAAGUCAACUUUGUGAAGGAUUUGAGCGAAAGGUUCUCAUGUCGGACAGUGCUAAUAAGGAACGAAGGACAUAUUUGAUUCAGAUUUUUCAUCCAAAUUACAAACAAAUGCAUCGGUCGUAUGCUAAAAGCUACUUCUUUUGUGAACUUAUGAAUUUUAUUAUUUGUAUUUUAAACCUUACCCUAAUGAAUUUAUUUUUCAAUGGAUUUUGGUCGAGUUAUUCCCAAGCAAUGGGUCAAAUACCAUCCUACAAUUGGGAUCAAUGGAAUGAAAUGAGUUCCAAGGUCUUCCCCAAAAUAACCAAAUGUGAAUUCUUUAAAUAUGGUGGAUCUGGAUCUCAGAGCAAAUACGAUUGCUUAUGUGUGCUGCCAAUCAAUAUUUUAAAUGAGAAAAUAUUCGCAUUCCUUUACGUUUGGUUUCUGAUCCUUAUGGUGGUUUCUGCAAUGCAUUUAACUUUUCGCAUAAUUGUUGCAUGCAGUAGUGCAGCUCGUAUAAUAAUGACUCAAUGCAAUGUCGGAUGCAAUCAGAAGAAACAAGUUAAUCAACUUGUCCAGGACAUGAGCUAUUCUGAAUGGUUUCUCUUGACUCGUAUUUGUGUGAACAUAAAUCCUUUAAUGUUUUCCGAAUUGGUUCGCGAUUUAUAUGACUUUCAAAGGUUAAGAAAUAACAACGAAAUGUCUGUUUGAAAUUUUCAGUGUUUAAACUGAAAGAACAAAAACAAACAAAUGUAAAUAUUGCUCUAAGGUUUUUCUAAAAACCAAACUAGUAGCACUGACCACGUAAAAUGAAUUAAAUUUCACAUUGAAUGUGAAUUAAUUUUUUUUGUUUAUAUACUGUAUGUAAAAAUAUACAUAGAAUUAUUGGAAUAAAAGUUUCUUUUUUUU